CUCUUUGAAUAGUGAAUACAAAAGCAAUUGCCUAUAUAAACCAUAUCAAGUCCUUAAUCUCUCACAAACGAAAAAACACUCUCCCUAUCGACAAAGAUAAGAGAACUCAGAAGCUUCUACUCUUAAAAUGGCAACUUUCUCUUAUUUCCAAAACUACCCUCAUUCCCUUCUUGAUCCUCUUCUCUUCCCUACACCUCACCCCUCCAUUAAUCUCACUGGUUUCAUCGAUCAAAAUCAUCUCCAUCCACUACCAAACAUUUCCACAGUUGAAGACAUUUCCUUUAACCCAUUUCUUGAUGAAUAUAAUGUUGACAGACCCGAAAACUCUGGCUUAGAGAAACAGGCUAACACAACCAAAACCGCAACCACCCGUUCUUCAUCCUGCGACCACGGAUCAUCAGCCAUCACCACCAUCGGAAAAAAGCGUGGGAGGAAGGCCAGAAAUGUUUCUAACUCCAAGGAAGGAGUAGAGGGAACAAAAAGCAAAAAACAGAAGAGAGGAAGUAAAGAAGAGCCUCCAAAAGAUUAUAUUCACGUUCGAGCUAGAAGAGGCCAAGCUACUGAUAGCCACAGCCUUGCUGAGAGGGUGAGAAGGGAAAAGAUAAGUGAGAGGAUGAGAACUCUGCAAAACCUUGUUCCGGGCUGUGAUAAGGUAACAGGGAAGGCCCUCAUGUUGGAUGAAAUUAUAAAUUACGUCCAGACCUUGCAAAAUCAAGUUGAGUUUCUCUCGAUGAAGCUAACUUCUAUAAGUCCGGUCGUCUAUGACUUUGGUUCCGACCUUGAUGGCCUCGUACUUAGAUCUGAGAUGGGAUCUCCAGAAGUAGGAACGUCUUUUACCAAUACAAUGCCAACAACUACUUCUAUCUUUCCUUCACUAUUGGAUAAUGCUAUAGUUCAGGAAGAGGGAGAAGGAAGAGAGAAGUUUGUAGACAGAAGUGGGUUCAACAACAACAACUUCUGUUCUUUCCCUUGAUAAAUUACAUGUCGACACAAACACAAAAGCCUGCUUUCGUUGAUUUCAUUUCCUCCCAUAUGCACGGAGGGAAUAAAAUCUACGUAAACCAGGGGUCGUAAAAGUGGACGUACUUAUUUGUUCUUUCUAGAGAGUUAAAAGAAAAUAAAGUACUAUAUUAGAGAUAAAAAUAAAAUAAAAAGUAUAUCAGAGAUAAAAA